AUGUGCUGGAGGCGGGGCCAGAGUCUCGGACACGCCCGUCCACUUCUCGCAGUACUGGCCCGGGUCGGAACCUCCCACGGUAUCACCGACCUGGCCUGCAAGCUCCGCUUCUAUGACGAUUGGGCUCCGGAGUAUGACCAGGAUGUGGCUGCUUUGAAGUACCGAGCCCCAUGCCUUGCUGUGGAUUGUCUCAGUCGAGCCCUUCGGGGCUCACCCCAUGAUGCCCUGAUCUUGGAUGUGGCCUGUGGCACUGGCCUGGUAGCUGUGGAGCAAACAACAGUAACCAUUACACAUCUCCACCCUGCCCCACACGCAGGGACCUUUGACGCGGUGAUCAUUGUGGGCGCCCUCAGUGAGGGACAGGUGCCCUGCAGUGCCAUACCUGAGCUCUUAAGAGUCACCAAGCCAGGUGGACUUGUUUGUCUGACUACCAGGACCAACCCAUCCAACCUUCCAUACAAGGAGGCGCUGGAAGCGACCUUAGACUCCCUGGAGCAGGCUGGAGUGUGGGAAUGCCUGGUGACCCAGCCUGUGGACCACUGGGAGCUAGCAACAUCAGAACAAGAGAUGGGGCUAGGCACCUGUGCCAAUGAUGGCUUCAUCUCUGGCAUCAUCUACCUUUACCGAAAGCAGGAGACAGUGUAGGGUAAGGGAGAGAGGCUCAGUAUCACACCCCUAGUUGACCAAUGCUCCUCUGUGUAUGGUCUCAGCCCAGUGUGUUUUCUUGGCCUUCCCUGCUCUGUCUGUAAAAUGGGUCCAACUUCCUAGCUACGCCCAUUAGGAGUACUCUGCUAGGUAUAGCCCAAAGGAACUGAAAAGACUCCUCUACUUUCUUUGGACCCAGGGCUCGAGUGAUCACCAACAGUGCUUGCUCUGCAAAGCGUGAGAAACCAAGCGGCUGUCUUCAGCAUCCACAUACAAAUCACAGGUUUCCAACAUGCCUGUGUGUAAUACCACCAUUGAGGUGGGAGAUGGGUGGGUCUCUCAGCAG